AAGAGCUGCAAACACAGAUAGACAUAGACUCAAUCAAAAGACCACUAUGGAUGCAAACAAGAACUUUGUGGAUGCUGUCACUGAAGUCGACUUUGACUUCACCCCGUUUCUAAAACGGUACAAGGAUGGCCGAAUCGAGCGGUUGCUGAGGAGUCCUCUCGUGGCUGCGUCGGAGGACCCGACAGCCAACCGCAGGGUGGCAACGAGAGAUGUGGUCAUUGACCACGGCACCGGUGUGUCGGCACGGCUAUUCCUCCCCUCCCGAGCUGCCAUGGCCGCCGGCAGCAGGAGGCUCCCUCUCGUCAUGUACAUCCAUGGCGGCUCCUUCUGCACGGAGAGCGCCUUCUGCCAGACGUACCACCGCUACGCCACCUCCCUUGCUACGAGUGCCGGGGCACUCGUCGUCUCAGUGGAGUACCGCCUCGCACCGGAGCACCCCAUACCUGCAGCCUACAAUGACGCAUGGUCUGCGCUCAAAUGGGUGGCAACCUUCGCCGACCCAUGGCUUGCCGACUAUGCAGACCCUGCACGCAUGUUCAUCGCCGGUGACAGCGCGGGCGGCAACAUUGCCUACCACACAGCGGUACAGGCUAGCCGAGAUGGUGGCUUGGGCGUCGACAUCGAGGGGAUGGUCAUCGUGCAGCCCUUCUUCUGGGGAGCCGAGCGGCUACCUUCCGAGGAGGUCUGGGAUGGCGCAGCGGUAUUUCCGGCAUACGGGGUGGACUGGCUCUGGCCGUUCGUGACUGCAGGCCAGGCUAGCAAUGAUGACCCUCGGCUCAACCCCCCCGAUGAGGACAUCGCGUCACUGACAUGCCGACGUGUCUUGCUGGCCGUGGCCGAGAAGGACACCCUGCGGGAACGUGGGUGCCGCCUCCUGAAGCGCUUCCACGACUACUACACGCGCACUGGCAGCGGUGAGGCUACGCUGGUGGAGUCGGAGGGCGAGGACCAUGGCUUCCACCUCUACAGCCCGCUGCGCACCACCAGUAGGAGGCUCAUGGCGAGCAUCGUGCACUUCAUCAACCAGCCGCCGGCACCGAAGCUGGACGACGGCUUGCAUAGCGAGGGUAAGAAUAUUGACAGGACAUCAGCGACCACGAAAGCUCCAAAGCCUAUGAUACUAGGCGUGCCUCGCCGGCCAUUCAUGGACGUAUUUGGUUAUGGAAUGGAAAUGAAACAUCAUUGCAGUGGCUCGAGCUCGACGACCUGCAUGGCGCAUGCAAUGUCAAAAAUUGGAGGAUGUGGCAAAGCUGCUUCACCCAAGAAAAACUAUGGGCUAUUUUCGGGUGCACUGUGGCCUAAUAAGGCCUACAAGGGGCCAGCAGCAGCACUACCCGGAACUCAUCAUGUAAUCAAGAACAUGUGGUAA